AUGACGGCCAUGACGGUCACCCUCCACACGGCUCCAAGCAAGACCAGCCCCCGCGGCUCCCCCGGCAACUCGGCGCUGGGGCUGGACGGCGUCAGCCCCAGGGGCUCGCGGCUCGGCCUCGACCGGGGCCUCGACGUGGACGCGCCGGACUUCGACCGCGGCCACCGGAAGAGCAUCGCGCCGGAGCUGCUGUCCGGGGAGGUGACGUCGUCGCGGUCCCGGAACACCCUGGCCCCCGACAAGGCGCGGUCGCCGCGGAACAGCCUGACCCCGGAGUCCGCCGUGGCCGGCGACUACACUCGGCGAUCCAGCCUGGCGCCGGACUUCAACCGGAGCCCCCGGAAUAGCCUGGUGCCGGACUACAGCCGCAGCCCGCGCAACAGCCUGGUGCCUGACUACAACCGCAGCCCCCGCAACAGCCUCUGCCCGGACGGCCCCUCGGCCAACCGCAGCCCCCGCCACAGCCUGGUGCCCUCCGACUGCGACCCUCCCUCCUACAACCGCAGCCCGCGGCCCAGCAUGGUGCACGAGCGCGACGUGGAGUACGUGGCCAGUCGCCGGGACAGGGACCGUGACAGAGACCGGGAUCGGGACGGCAGAGAUCGUCACCGAGACCCGGACCGCGAUCGAGACCGUGACCGCGACCGCGACAUGGACUACACCCGCAGCAGCCCGCGGCCCAGCUUGAUCCCGCCCGACUCCGGCGACCAGCCGCACUCCGGGCGCAGUCCGCGGCCGAGCCUCAUCCCCUCGGACAUGGAGUUCAACCGCAGCGCGCGGCCCAGCAUGAUCCCCUCCGACGUGGAGUUCAACCGCAGCCCGCGCUCCAGCCUGGGCCCCGAGUCCGGGGAGUUCAACCGCAGCCCGCGGCCGAGCCUCAUCCCCGCCGACGUGGAGUUCAACCGCAGCCCGAGGUCCAGCCUGGUCCCGGACAGCGACUCGCGCGUCGACCUGAGCCGCAGCCCGCGCGGCAGCAUCGGCGGCAUGGACCCGGGCCGCUCGCCCAGGGGCUCCUACGUGCAGGAGAUGGGCGCGUCGCGGUCGCCGCGCGGCAGCAUCGGCGCGGGCGUCGACCCCUCGGCCUCGCCCUACAACCGCAGCCCGCGCGGCUCGCUCGGCGCCGACCUCAACCGCAGCCCCAGGAACUCCCUGUCGCCCAGAGGCAGCCUCACCGGCCGCGGCAGCGUCGACCUCGCCGUCGCAGGCCCAUCGCGUGCCGGCUCGCAGCGCAGCCCCUCCCCCUACCGAGGCCCCGCCAAUUCCGGACCCGGCAGCGGAAUGCCUGGCCGGGGCACGAGCUACGGCACGUCCUGGACGGAGGCGGGAUCGAGGCGUGCCUCCAGCAACCCCUCUCAGAUGUCCGGCGACGACAGGCGGCAGCUGUGCGCCGAGCACACCAAGCUGGCCGCCGAGUCGUCCACGGGGCUCACGGCCUACGGCUCCUUCGUGUACCAGAUCAAGGACGCCAACAUCGAGGCCUCCGGCGUGUGCGACUUCGUGUGCCGCGCGCUCGGCAUCGUGUACAAGACGGCGCUGGUCACCGUGGUGCUCGUGUGCCUCACCGUCAUGCCCAUCAUCAUGCUGUUCAUGGGCAUCAAGUACCUGCGCGACUGCCCCAAGGAGCCGCACCUGCCCAUGUACAUGCUGGUGGGCGGCAUCCUGGGCACGGUGCGCAUGGCGUGGCUGGUGUGGCGCCAGUCCGUGUCGCGCCGCUACGCGCAGCUGGGCGCGGGGCUGGGCCAGGCCGCCAUGGACUCGGACGUGGCGGGCUCCCUGGGCGCGCGCAUCGCCUGCUGGGCCCUGUCGCUCUUCCUCGUCGUGUGGUUCUGCAUGGGCAACUACUGGAUCGUGCACAUCAUGUGGCCGUCGUACGCCGCCACCCUGUUCGAGCCCAACGCCUGGUGCGACAAGACGCUGUACGUGUUCGCCGUGGUGCACCUCGUGGUGUGCUACUCGGUCAUCAGCGCCAGCGUGGCGGCGGCUGUGCUCCUGUCGUGCUACCAGCUCAUCUUCCCCGUCGUGCUGCGCUUCAAGUAGCAUAAAGGGCCACCCCUGCCCGUCCACCGCCACAGACGCAGCGAGUUUCUGCUCGUCAAGUUACAGGACUCGGCGCAGGGCUCCGCGCCGGACU